GACCACGUGACUCCCCGCGACCACGUGGCUGCAGUCCUCUCUCUCACGAUGGCGACGGCAGCCAAGAGACCCAAGGUAGAAGGCUCGGAGAGGCUGCAGAACUUCCUCCAGUGGUGCCGAACCGCUGGCCUGGUCCUCAGCACCAAGGUCUGUGUGAGUACAGAGGGAACCGUGGCCGAUUAUGGGAUGGUUGCUACGGACGACAUCCAUGACGGGGAGGUGUUGUUCACCAUCCCACGGUCGGCUCUUCUCCACCAGGGAACCACAAAGGUUUCUGCCUUGUUGGAAGCAGGGAAGCAGGAUCUGCAGAGUUCCUCCGGCUGGGUUCCCCUGCUGCUGGCGCUGCUGCACGAGUACACCACCCCCCAGUCCCGCUGGACGCCCUACCUGUCCCUGUGGCCCGACUUCAGCGCGCUGGACCAGCCCAUGUUCUGGUCCAGGGCGGAGCGGGACGGGCUGCUGAGGGGGACGGGCGUCCCCCGGGCCGUGGAGACGGACCUGUCCAACAUCCAGAGAGAGUACCAACACGUGGCCCUGCCGUUCAUGAGGAGACACCCGGACGUGUGGAGCCCCGGCACGCACACGCUGCAGCUGUACACGCGGCUGGUGGCCUUCGUCAUGGCCUACAGCUUCACGGAGCCGCGAGGAGAGGAUGGUGAUGAAGAGGAGGAUGAUGAAGAGGAGGAUGAGGAGGAGGCCCCCGGUCCUCCCAUGAUGGUUCCCAUGGCAGACAUGCUGAACCACGUGUCCCGGCACAACGCUCAGCUGGAGUUCACGGCGGACAGUCUGAAGAUGGUGUCCAUGCGCUACAUCCGCAGAGGGGAGGAAGUGUUCAACACCUACGGGCAGCUGGCCAACGCGCAGCUGCUGCACAUGUACGGCUUCACGGAGCCGUAUCCCAGCAACGCCAACGACACGGCCGACGUCCCCGUCAGCAACCUGCUCGCGGCCGCCAGACGAGGUGACGGAGCAGAGGGAGCAGAGAAGAGCGUAAACGCUCAGAAAGCCGUGGGGAGUGGAGCGGAGCUGGAGCGGGUGGAGCUGGAGCAGCUGGUGGAGGCGCGGGUGGAGCUGGAGCAGCUGGUGGAGGCGCGGGUGGAGCUGGAGCAGCUGGUGGAGGCGCGGGUGGAGCUGCUCUCCGAGACCAUGCAGGAGAAGGGAGCCUUCGUCUUCAGCGAGCAGGGAUGCCUCACCGACUCUGAGCUGCACGCCGCCCUCAAGGUCCUGUGCAUGACCAAGGAAGAGCUGGUGGAGUUCAGAGACAAUGAAGGAUGGGAGGAAGACGACGAGGACGACGAGACGUCCCACGCCUUCUCCAACGAGGGUCUUCCUGGACUGAAGGCGUCGUGGAAGCGACUGAUUCACGAAGCGACCCGGCUGACUCUGGGGUCGUACAGAGACGGGGGGGCGGAGGACGGAGCCGCGGACGGAGACACGGAUGGAGACACGGACGGAGACCGGCUGCUGAUGGAGGACGAGGCGGCGCUGCAGAGACUGAGCUCCCGGCAGGGGAAGGCCCUGCAGGUCCGCUACGGCCAGAAGAGGAUCCUGUACCGGCUGCUGGAGCUCACCCAGUCCUGAGCUGGAACCGGGACUGGAGCUCCUAGAAUGGAAUCAUUUCCUGAAAAUGGAAUAAAAUGUGCACUUAACUCAAUCGAAAAGGUAAUAAAAUCCAAUAAUGUAAUAACUUCACCAAUAAUGUAAUAAAAUAUCCUGACUGAUAUUGUAAUAACAUUUUUACCGAUAAUGUAAUACCUUAUUACAUUAUUGGGAAUUUAUUACAUUUUCAGGCCCGUCUUUUUUUUUUUUUUUUUUCAAAACUGAUAAUGUAAUACUUGACAAAUAGUAAUAUAUAUGUUCAUUUUCAGUCCAGAGUUCUACAUUUUGUGUUUUAAGUAUCUAAGAAUGUUUUAUACGCUGGAUUUGAAACACCAGAAUGACUAUUGGGUUAAAUUGCAGACUUUGAGUUCCAUGUAAUAAAUUCCCAAUAAUGUAAUAAUGUAUUACAUUAUCGGUAAAAAUGUUAUUACAAUAUCCAUCAGGAUAUUUUAUUACAUUAUUGGUGAAGUUAUUUAUAUUAUUGGGUUUUAUUACAUUUUCGAUUGAGUUAAGUGCAAAUGUUAUUACAUUUUCAGGAAAUGAUUACAUUAUAGGGUGAAAUGAUUACAUUAUAGGGUGCUACAAGGAGCACUCAGCACAUUCUUCAUCUGAAAUAUGAACAACGUCCUCUAACAUUUUAAUGUUUUCUUUUGUGUUGCUGUUAUCAAUAAACACCAUGAAAAUGGUCAUUUUCUCAAGAAGAAAAUUAGCAAAUUGAUUGGAAUUAUCCUUCCAAUCAAGAGGUGUGAAGUCAUUUCAAAGGAAACGUUAAACUUGACACUAAAUCUGUAUGAACGUUCAGACUUUUCCAUAAUAAAACCAAAGAAAGGG